AUGGGCGCCGGCGUGUCGCCUAAUGGUCUGGGCUUCUCGGGCAAGGUCGCCGGCAAGGCGGACUCCAACGAGGCCCUGAUGACUCUGGCGCUGUUCGACAAGAUCCUCAAGGUGGACAAGGAGAAGCUGCAGGUGACGGUCGAGGCCGGCGUGAUCGUCGGAGAGCUGCUGGACAAGCUGCGCGCCUACGGCAUGACCAUGCAGAACGUGGCGUCGAUCCGUCCCCAGCAGGUGGGCGGCAUCUGCCAGGCUGGCUGCCACGGAACGGGGGCGGGGAUCCCGCCCAUCGACGACCAGAUUGUUGAGAUGGAGAUCGUGACCCCCGCCAAGGGCAAGAUGACGCUGAGCGCCACGCAGAACCCGGAGAUGUUCGAGCUGGCCAAGUGCGGCCUCGGAGCGCUCGGUGUGGUUACCAAGGUGACGCUGCAGUGCGUGCCCAUGCACAAGCUGAUCGAGAAGACCACCGUGAUGACUGUGGACGAGAUCCGACCGAACCACAGCCGCUGGCUGGCCGAGUAUCAGCACCUGCGCUACAUGUGGAUCCCGUACACGGAUUCAGUCGUGGUGGUGCAGUGCCGUCGCGCUCAAGAGGACGAACCUCUGAACGAGAAGCGCUUCCCGCCGGUGAAGCACAGCGACGACGUGCGCAUGGAGGCUCCCCGGAAGCUGUACCUGGAGCUGACCAAGGGGAAGCCGGAGCCUGACUACUUGGACUGGAGCUUCACGAAGAUGCGCGACAAGCUGCUUGAGAUCAACCCGCUCGACAAGCAGCACGUCAUUCGUGUGAACCAGGUCGAGAAGCAGUUCUGGAAGCUCAGCGAAGGCUACCGGGUGGCGUACUCGGACGACAUCAUCGGCUUCGACUGUGGUGGCCAGCAGCUCGUGGAGGAGGUCUCGUUCCCGUGCACCGGCUCGCUGGAGCUUGACUUCAUGGAGAAGCUGCUCAAGCGCAUUGACGCCGAGGAUAUCCCGGCUCACUCGCCGAUCGAGCAGCGCUGGACGGCUCGUAGCACCUCUUUGAUGAGCCCUGCGUCUUCUCCCAACCCGGAGCAGAUCUUCUCUUGGGUGGGUGUCAUCUUGUACCUGCCCACGGCGGAGAAGAAGGUUCGCACGGCCAUCAGGAACCGCUUCAUGGACUUCUACGCCAUGUACCGCGACUUCAUGGAGCCGUACGGAGCGACGGAGCACUGGGCGAAGAUCGAGUGGCCUGCCGAUGCUGCCGAGCGCAAGCAGAUCCGCGAUCGCCUGAAAAAGAGGUACCCGCUGGACAAGUUCAAGAAGGCGCGCGACGAAGUGGACCCUCACCACAUUCUCUCUAACCACAUUGUGGACGAGAUGUGUGCCUAG